GAUCGCUUUGCAGAGCAGGAGUAGAGAGUUGCGCUCCUCUCCACUUGCAGCUUCGACUCAGGUUUGGGGCGUUCCUCUCCUUUCCCCAAAGAAGCGCUGAAGCUGAGCAGCUCGUACCCUUCUCUUUGCCCCAGCCUCUUCUGCAGAAACUCCGGCGUUCGCGUUUCGCAUCAUGUCGGUUGAACUAGAAGAGGCCGAUCUGCCCCUGACUGAGGCUGAAGAGGCGCCUCUGGCUCCCGAGAAGAAAGGGGCGUCCAAGAGAGCCAAGGCGGGCGGCUCGUCUCUCUCUCCCUCCAAGAAGAGGAAGAACAACAAGAAAAAGAACCAGCCGGGCAAGUACAGCCAGCUGGUGGUGGAGACGAUCCGCAAGCUGGGCGAGCGCAAUGGCUCCUCGCUGGCCAAGAUCUACAACGAAGCCAAGAAAGUGGCCUGGUUCGACCAGCAGAACGGGCGCACCUACCUCAAGUACUCCAUCAAGGCGCUGGUGCAGAACGACACCCUGCUGCAGGUGAAAGGCACUGGCGCCAACGGCUCCUUCAAGCUCAACAAGAAGAAGCUGGAGGGGGGCGGCGAAGGGGGCGCCGGCGGCACCUCCCACGCCAAGAGCCUCAAGAAGGCGGCGGUGGCUGCGGCGUCCACCUCCCGCAGGGCCGAGAAGAAGCCAGUCGUCAAGAGCAAGAAGCCGGAGAAGAAGUCGCACAAGAAAGGCGCCGCCGGCGGCUCGGCUAAAAAGGACAAGGUGAAAGCGGCCAAGAAGGCUGCCAAGAAGAGCGCCGCCUCCCCCAGCGCCAAGAAGGUGAAGAAGUCCGCGAAGCCCAAACCGCUCAAGAGCAGGAAAUGAAACCCUCGCGGAG